AUGCCCGUUUGGGCCGUGGGUGUUGCAGGCCGCCGAAUGGGAUCUCUCGACCUCGAAGUGGCUUCUCUCGGCCUCGAAGCGGACUUCACCGUAGUUGGUCCAGCGAGGUUUGUGGCCGAGCUUCUUGUAUAUGCAAGUCCUGUUGACCUUCGCUCCAGCUCUUUGGGUUUGCCCUCCAUUGAGAUGCUGGCAGACCUCCCCCUGGUUUGGAUGGACGGUCUGGUCAUAGUUGUCGACGGUGGGUAUUUGUUGGUCGUAGCCAUCUUUUCCUUCCUCGCCAUCACCUCCUUCGUUGCCAUCGUCAUCGAUCUCGCCAGACGCCCAGGCAUGACCGGCGGUGCACCAGGAGCUCUGGCAUUGGCAUUGGUGGCCGUGUUCUUCAAGCUGUUCGUCGAGCUGCUGGAGCUAGAAGCAACCGAGACAGAUGAGACGCCGCCUCGGGCACCGUAUCUGGGCAGCCGACUUGGCGACGUACUUCGGGGCACCGACGCAUCUCGAGUGCUAGACGAUCUGGUCGGUAUCUGUGGGAUGCCCGUGUUUGAGCGCACCGAGCGCGAGCGAGGAAUUGACGACAUGGCGGUGAUGCUGGAGGUUGGGAAUUGGCGAGGAUGA